UGUGUAUGUGUGUGUUUGUGUGUCUGGGUGUCUAUGUGUGUGUGUGUGUAGGGUGGGGGUCAGGCCUCCAUUUUUACCAGGACGUCUGCAGCAGCUGUCCACUGGCAUGCCAGAGGGAGCGUCACAGUGGAGAUACAGGGGUUCAGAAGUGAACUGAGGCGUUUGAUCCAGGAAGGUUUACUCUCACUGUCUUUGGCCCAUCCAGGACCUGCAAGCCCACCAUGGCGGAUCAGUACCAGUACAACACCAAUGAGGAAAAGAUUGUGAAGGACAGCCACACAAAGGAGAUCGAUCUAAUUAACAGAGAUCCCAAGCAGAUCAAUGAGGACGUGGUGAAGGUGGAGUUUGAGGAUGUCAUUGCAGAGCCUGACGGUACACACAGCCUGGAUGGGGUGUGGAAGCUCAGCUACACCACCUUCACUGUGUCAAAGUACUGGUGCUACCGCAUCUUGUCUGCUGUCUUCGGUAUCCCCGUUGCUCUGCUCUGGGGCUUCCUGUUUGCAUGCAUCUCCUUCUGCCACAUCUGGGCUGUGGUUCCCUGUAUCAAGAGCUGUCUGAUUGAGUCCCAGUGCAUCAGCCGCAUCUACUCUCUCUGCAUCCAGACCUUCUGUGAUCCCUUCUUCGAAGCCCUGGGCAAGAUCUUCAGCAGCGUCCGUGUUGCAAUGCGCAAAGAAGUCUAGUACUCACACAAUCUUGUUUAUAGUAUGAUCGGAUGAAGUGUGGUAUCUAUUUUAUACACCAGAAGAUCAGUCCUGGCAUCUUACUUACUCCCUGACACUCCUCCUCCCUUCAUCACAUGCUGUCCCCCACCCUCCCACCCGCAAGUUCUCCGCUCUGAGUCCUGACAUGCCCGGUGUGCCUUUUUGCCACCAGAAGCUCUGUGACAGCUGCAGUAGGCAGCAUGGUUCUGUGACAGCUCUGGCACUCCUGGCGGACUCAGCGCGCCUCACUGAGAGGGAAGAGGGCUGCCUGCCAUAAUGAGGAUCUGUCUGCCCUCAUUUAUUUGUAUCACAAAAAGCACAAACAAUAGCUCCUCAGUCACAACAAAUGAAAUGAACACCCCAACCCCGCUGUACCUGUGGACAGUGCUGCCUGUAUGCAUUACGUUUGGCCAUUCUUAAAAAUCAUAUUGAUGCUGUUGCUGUGUGAUUUAUUGUAUAACUUUGUAUUGAUUGAAUUUCAGAAUAUGUAACCUUAUUAGAAAAGCUUUAACAAAAAGAAAGGAAUUUUCUCUACCUGAUUUUUUUUGUCUUUAUGUAUUCAGAAAUCAUAUUGUUAUGUAUUUCCCUCUUCUGCUGUGGUGACGCCACAGUGACGUUUAGGUUGUGACUUUCAGAUGUGAGAAUUAUUUUCGGAACCAACCACGUGGAAAAUCUUCCUUUUAUCAAAUUGUGAUGAGUAGAAUAUUAAACCUACUUUUGCAUAUUUCAGUGACGUACUGUAUGUGUAAGCAAGUAUGGACACAAAUACUGAUGCAGUAAAGUAAAAACAUCUCUAUGAGACCCAUUUGAAUGUUCCACACUGUUAUUAGAUUAUGUAGAAAGGUUUAAUAUCUUUGCUGCUAUCGUGCAAAAUAUAUACGGGCUGAAACUAAUUUAAAGACACUUUACAAUUGAUGAGAGUGCAAUAGGUUUAUUGCACCGCCGGUUCAGUGUUUGAUUGAAAGUAUAUUAUUUGUAUUGUUUCAAAUCAUUCUGAGAGGCUUGGGAAAUACAUUUUUAAGAUUCACCAAACAUCUUAACCGUGUUUCAGUGAUAUUUUCUUCACCUUCUGUCACAUCAGGUUGCUGUUAUGUAUCUUUCCUCUCUGUUUGAGAUCCAUUAUUGAUGAUUCAGUGACACCUGUCUUUGUUUAUAACCUCAACGUGUUUCUUCCUGUCUGAUUCCUUUAUCGUGUUAGAGUUUAUAUGAGCGGAAACGGCACACUGUGUCGGAUUAGGCAUAAUUCUGAUUAGUGAACUGCAUUAACCAGUGAACUUAAUGAGCAAGAGUGAUUCGUUUGUCAAAACUAUAGUGUCGGUGAACAUGCCUAAUACAUGAAUGCAUUACAUGCAACAAAUUCUCUGCAAAUACAGAUCUCGUGAGUUUAAUUUUGUAUUUAUUUAAUUUGAUUAAUUGAACUUGUAUAAUUACCGACAUACUGCCCUCCACACUUACUGACAUCUUUAACGGAUGGAAAAAUGACUCCCAGUUUCUGAACAUGAAAUUCAUAGCAAAGGUCUUUGAUGUGUUCUGUCUCUACUACUUGCCAAAUGUUGCCAUUAAAAGACUUCAAAGAAUUUCUCCAUAUGUAAUAUUCUCCACAGUUGUGCAGCUGCCUUAUAAAAGGUCACUUUAUCAAGUCUACAAGGGAAGUAAUUACUUGAAAACGUCAUUUUGGCACUUCAUUAACUAAUCCUGUGAC